UGCACCGUUGCAAUGUGAGCGGUGCGGUCAGUAUGAUAAAUCGAGCACACCUGAUUCAAGGCAGGCCUCGCCGCGCGGCAUGUGCUCAUCCGGGUACUUCUGAGUGCACACGUAACUCAACCCUGAGCCUCCGAUUAGCUGCUUUUAUCAGAAACUUUUAGGGUUUUUUUUUUUUUUUUAUCUCUGCUCUCCUAAAGUGAACCCUGACACACAAUGUUGAGAGAAUACGACCGAAUAUCGAAGUUUGGAUCAUUUAAAACAAACGUAGGCAACGCGUAAGCAGGUGUAAGAAAGCGCAUUAUGGAAACGUGACGGAGGAAAAGUUGUAUAACGGUUGAUUCUGACCAAUCAGAGCGUUCCAUUCCUUCAGCGCUUUCCUGUGGGUGGAUUUGUUGAUAAAGAAAGGAUGUCUUGGUGCUCGAGUUUACUAGGCGUUACAAUUUAUACACAGUGUUUAACAUGUCGGCGAGGUCUAGUGUGUUAAUUUAGUGUAGAUUAACAUGUGGAAACAACCCGGAAAUAUUUACGCGUUUGUGCUUUUUGCGAGCUAGCAUAGUAGCUUGUGUUCGCGUGAUAGCUUACGAAAAUAAAACUAUUUAGAGUUUAACUAUCGCUGCUGGCUGAAAACGGGCUUCUUCGGAACUUAUUCUCUCAAAUGUGCUCACUUCAUCGUUGGUACUAAUCCAGAGGAGAGUUGUGCCCGUUUUCCUGCGUCUGCUGUGUGGUUACCUGCUGUCCACACAUGCAGCCACCGCUGGUCAGGAGACUCAACUCUGUGGAUAAAUUCAUGGAACAAGGUUGAGAUCAAACAAACCUUUAACGCUGUCUUACUGACCGGGUUAAAAACUACGUCGUCCUCGGAUGACAACAUAAGAGCGCGUCUUUUUGUUGUAUAUUGGACACCCCCUCUUCUAACCCCACCAGUGCUAAAUAAAGAAGGCAGGUGACAUGGUGGUAAACACUAUCCACUGGUUCAGGAAGGGACUGCGGCUGCACGACAACCCGUCUUUAAGGGACUCUAUCGAGGGAUCGGACACCCUGCGCUGCAUUUACAUCCUGGACCCAUGGUUCGCAGGGUCCUCCAAUGUGGGCAUCAACAGGUGGAGGUUUUUGUUGCAUUGUUUAGAGGACUUGGACGCCAGCCUGCGCAAACUCAACUCCCGUCUGUUUGUAAUCAGAGGCCAGCCUACAAAUGUCUUCCCUCGUCUUUUUAAGGAAUGGCAGAUCACCCGUCUAUCUUAUGAAUAUGACUCUGAGCCGUUUGGUAAGGAACGUGAUGCUGCCAUCCAAAAACUAGCCAGCGAGGCUGGGGUAGAGGUCAUGGUGCGGAUUUCACACACCCUCUACAAUCUGGACAAGAUCAUAGAACUCAAUGAUGGUCAGCCUCCUCUUACGUACAAGCGCUUCCAGGCCCUCCUCAACCGUAUGGAUGCUGUGGAGCUCCCUGCAGAGACGAUCAUGUCUAAGGUUAUCAAAAAAUGUGCCACACCCAUCAGUGAUGACCAUGAUGACAAGUUUGGGGUGCCCUCCCUGGAAGAGCUUGGUUUUGAGACGGAGGGCCUGACUACAGCAGUGUGGCCAGGUGGAGAAACAGAAGCCCUCAUGAGGCUAGAGCGGCAUCUGGAGAGAAAGGCAUGGGUGGCAAACUUUGAGCGUCCACGUAUGAACGCCAACUCCCUGCUGGCCAGUCCCACAGGCCUCAGCCCCUACCUGCGCUUUGGAUGUCUCUCCUGUCGGCUCUUCUACUUCAAACUUACUGAUCUGUAUAGGAAGGUCAAGAAGAACAACACCCCACCACUUUCCUUGUAUGGGCAGCUGUUGUGGAGGGAGUUCUUCUAUGCGACUGCCAGCAACAACCCCUGCUUUGACAAGAUGGAGGGAAACCCUGUGUGUGUCCAGAUUCCCUGGGACCGAAACCCAGAGGCACUGGCCAAGUGGGCAGAGGGACGGACAGGCUUUCCCUGGAUAGAUGCAAUUAUGACCCAGCUGAGGCAGGAGGGGUGGAUCCAUCAUUUGGCGAGGCACGCUGUGGCCUGCUUCCUCACCAGGGGAGACCUCUGGAUCAGCUGGGAGGAAGGCAUGAAGGCGUUUGAAGAGUUGCUCAUAGAUGUGGACUGGAGUGUAAAUGCUGGCAGCUGGAUAUGGCUUUCUUGCAGCUCGUUUUUCCAGCAGUUUUUCCACUGCUACUGCCCCGUGGGAUUUGGACGACGCACAGAUCCCAACGGGGACUACAUACGGCGUUAUUUGCCCAUACUGAGGGGCUUUCCAGCCAAAUACAUCUAUGAUCCUUGGAAUGCCCCAGAGGAAGUGCAGAAGACAGCCAAGUGUAUCAUAGGAGUCCACUACCCCAACCCCAUGGUGAACCAUGCUGAGGCCAGCCGCUUCAACAUAGAGAGGAUGAAGCAAAUUUACCAGCAGCUUUCCUGCUACAGAGGACUGGGCCUGUUGGCAACAGUACCUGCAAAUCCCAGCAAUGGUGGAAAUGGCAGUAAUGUCGGAGGUGUCAACACAGGGACUAGUCAAGGUCCAGGAGGCUCCUCUGAAAACCGCUCCAUACACGAAGGAAUGCCUCAAACAGAAAGAGGACAGUCCACGCAGAAGCGGCGCUGUGAAGAGGCUCCACUUGAAUGCAGCUCUAAAGCCUGGAGGAAGAACAAAUAGUGUAAAAAAGCAGAAUUACAAAUGGUCCCUUGGCCGUUCUGGAUAGCAUCUACCCCUGCAGUGGCCUCAGUUAUCACACUGUAACUGCAACUAAGAGACAGAAUGGGGCGCUUGGAUCCAGCUGAUACUAUUAUCAGUUUGUCUAAAGGACUCUCAAUACUACAUGAUAUUUGUAAUCAGAUUGUCAGAAGUUGGAUUCUGUUAACAUGUCUUAGUCUCCAAAUAAGACACAUCGCACAUCUCAGGAACAGAGGAAGGAAUAGAGAGAAAAUACUAAUAUUGAAGACAAAGAACACCAGUGUAUAUAAAAGGCAAAAAACAACUGAUCUUCAUAUCAGGGUGUUGUGGGGCCACUUGUUGUCUUCCACUACAGCGCGUAACUAAACAAGUGAUGAAACCACUAAUCAUUAUUGCCCUUGUUUCCCCUCAACACCACAUCAUCAGGGUGAAAUUGUGUCAUCAGGAGGCAAAACUCCAUCUUUACAUCAGUUAUUCAGUCAGCUGGAUGUUUAUCUAAGCAUCAGCUCUCGUCGACGGUGAACUGAACAUUUUGCUUAAAGCUUAAAUAUUUUAUUAGAGCGCUUUGGCCUCUACACCUUAAUGUGAAAAUGUCAAAAUCUGAAAUCUGAUUCCCAUCUGAGUGAUGGGAACCUAUAACACAACACAUCUUCCACACAGUCACCUGAUUAUGUACAGCUGACACCCUCAUUCACUGUUAGCACGCUAACAUAAGAUGACCUGGAUAAAACAGGGACAUGCAGUAAAAUGCCGAAGAGAUAAAACAUAGUUGUCUUUUCUCAAAAACAAGCCCCUACAUAUCAAGAAUAUGAAGUCGCACUGUCACGAAUGUACAUGUGAGAACAUUUUUUUCAAAGAUUGAAUACACAAAGGUGUGAUGUACAGUAGUAAAGGAUAUUAGACGCAAUACUGUUAAUUUUUGGCAAAAGGGAGGCCUUAAAAGAAAUAAAUAUUUGUACAUAUUUAUUGAUUUUGAUUUCCCACUUUUGUAUAUUUGGUUAUGGGAUUUCACAACUCCUUUUGUAAAGAAUUUCUUACCAAAACUCAAAAGUUAUACUGUGAAUGCAUGUGCUUUUGUUUCCCAUGUGACUGUAAGUCUGUUAUUUUUGUAUAAAGAAUGACCAAAUUCUAACUGUAUUGAAAUGGCAAUAAAAGACAGAAACCUUGUGAUAA